GUGUUGUUAAAUUAUGGAGUUGAGCCGCAGCUAUUAAGCCAGCGCGGUAGUGGAGAGUGGUAGCAUGGAGUUGGUUUUUUUGUGCAGUAAAAGGCAUGGGCCUGGUUGUUGAUGUUGGAUCGGGUCAGGUAUAAAAACCAUGUCCCACCCCCAUUUGAUUUCCUAAAUAUCAGUAGUCGUAACCUAGCGCAGCCAUGGUAGAAGAAACUAGAAACCCCGCUCUCUAAACGCGAUACCCAACCCGACGCAGUCAUCCCAGUCCCUCGCAAACCGUCGUAGUCGCGCGGAAGCAGCACCCCACAGCCACUCCCAGUCCCAGGAACCGACGGCCCCUAAUCCCAUGGGAGUCCCGUUGAAGAACGGCGUCGAAGCAGCGCCGGACAGCGAAGAUGAAGCGUGGACCAUCCCCUCCCAACAGUGGCAUACCGGCGAACCGAACCCGUUCGACUCCAGAUAUGGAGGCUCCAAGUUAGAUCUAGUAGUUCCAGCUGCAUGCAUGAUACGGAUAGAAAUGGGUUGCCGUUGUUGUUUGCUACGUAAGUUGUGGGGCCCAUCUUCUCCCAUUCAGAGGUUGAGAGAGAUGCCUUCCGACGGAUCUGGAAGUCGGUUGUAUUUGGUGGAUGAAAUCCCGAGUGUUUAUGUCAGCGAUUACCGAUCGAGUGUGCAGUGUGGUGGGACAAGUGUAGGAAGCACACCCAGACGUUGGAAAAACUGUAAGUAUAACCACCUGUAUUCGGAGAUCCUGAAGUUCUAA